UCUCGGGCCUUACCUACCGGUCUCCUGCUCUUCCCCUCACCUGCAGCGUCACACACACACAUACACUCUCCCUCCUUCCCCUUACAACAUACACACACACACGCACAUACACACCUACACGUGAUUACAACGCUUAAAGAGUCUUUAUGUUUACCAGUGAGGAUACAACGCCUGCAAGAAUGUCCUGAAUUUGAUACGAAGGUUAUGUAAUAAGGCCGUGGACACAUCCUACACAGGAUAGUGUGGCUUGGGACUCGUGCUGGCCUUGCACCUCCACCACGGCCUCGCCUCCACAUUAUGUUCGGAUUUUUUAAGAACAAAAAUAAAGACAAAGUCGUUACGAAGGAUAAAAACAGUGACUCAGCUAAAGAUAAGAAGAAGGACAAGGUGAACAAGGAAGACAAGGACGUGAAGGUCACCAUCCGUAAGGGUAAGGAAGAUAAACCUUCAAAAUCGAUCUUCAGAAAGAGUAAAUCCAUUGAGAGAAUCAAGGAGGCGAACGAAGAACCACCUGUAGCAGCCAAGAAGAGCAGGACCCUUGGGGCGCGUGGCUCCGGGGAGUGGCCAGACAGUGGACAUGAAGACCCACUGUGCCACAAUAACGGGACAGAGGGGGAGGACUCCACACCACCGAUACACAGCAGCAGUAGCAGUAGCGAGGGUGUGGCCCGCCCCUCCUCUCCGGUCCCGCCACCAGACCUGUGUCAGGGCGGCCGUGUCAAGGAUGAGAAGCCGUCACCCGACCUUAAACCAUCAACACACAGUGAACGAGGCUCACGUUUUAAGUACGACUGUCAUGAAAUAAAAAAAUAUGGCCAAGAUGGUUCGUGGGGUGCGGCGGCGAAACAAGAUACCUCUGUGACCGUGAAAGAUGGAGAUAAGCGGUACUUGCGGAGUGGGAGAGAAGAAAGUAAAGCGACGAGCAGGACAAAACCCGACAUACUCCUGACCAAAAGUGAACGAGUGUCUGGUGGUGCCACGCCACUAGUGAUGAAGCCGCCCCUUAACCCCAGGAUGGUGGCACCCCGAGGACCCCUUGCUAGCUCGCCUCACGCUGUCUCUGGGUUUACUCACGUACUGUCACCAGAUGUUACGGCUGUUGAGAAGGAUGACAGCCGCUAUACGCCUUCUCCAGGUCUGGCGACACCGCCAUCGUCGCCUGGACUGCCGUCUGCUCAGGCUGUCCCACCCUACCCGAUUGUCACGGGGCCACCUUCACGACCCACCUCUCCUGACGGCCGGGCCUCAAUGCUCUCAACUCCUUCCAGCUCAACCUCAAGUCUCUCCAGCUUAUCUGCCAGACCCAUAUCCCCCUCCGGGCGCCGCACACCCCCGGGGCCUCGCAUGGGCACUGGUGGCAGACUAACCUCAUCCCCGACGCCCGGACGUAAAGCAGUGCGGACAAAUAUCAAAACCAACCCAGCAGUUGUCUCUCGUCGAGCUGGCUCACGGUCACCCGUCAACCCGUCUCCUUCACCGUCACCAUCAUCAACCGAUACUGUCAUCCCCUUUAUUGACGGUGACAAGCUCAAAACUCCACCGUCUUCCCCGGACACCGCCAGACAUCUCCCCCAGGACCAAGUGUGUCCGAGUGACUCAGGAGUGUCGAGUGAUCUCCCUUCACCUCAUGUAACCGAUGCUGAAGUAAAACAGAGAUCUCCUCCUCCUCCCCCAAUAGUCCCUGAACCUAUAGUAUCGCCUCCAUUGAUAAUAGUCAAAACCAAAGCCCCGCUACCUUUAGCGACAGUUAAGCCAAGAUUAAGUUCGUCACCGUCGCCACCACCAAAGGGUAAUUUGUCCAGUGAAGUAAAACCAGAGACGGGCGGCAAACUGACCCCUAGAAGCGUGUCUCCUACGGCUGGUAAAUCUCGGCAUUCCAUAUCGUCCAUGCAUUCCCUGGAGUCGAUACCAGAAAAUGACAGCGAAGGACAAACAUCUUCAACUGAUACUUUGGAGAAAAAUCGCAAAGCCAAAGGGACUGUUGGAUCAAAGUCGUCCCAUCCAUUAUCGCCUGGCAGAGAGAGUAAGGAGUCGGCCAGCAGCGGGGUCAUCAAUUUUUCAGCUCGACAUUCAGUCCCAGAAGUGUCGUCAGGUGGCCAACAUCACGGUGUCGUAUCUCAUAAGAGAUCCUCUUCACUAACGCCAGUCAAUGAAGAAAAGCUCUUACAGUGUUCAGCAGCAACCAUUGAGUCUUCAGUCAAUCCCCAAGUGAAUGUGUCGACUACUGCAGGUACCUGCCAUAACGGACCUGUUCGUGAUGCUUCAGGAAAACUGGAUAAUAACACCUUGGAAUAUAACAAAGGCAAAGAUAUUUCAUAUAAAAAUGAAAAGAAAGACGAAAACCACGAUAGGUCGCCGUCGAAGGAGCAAACGGGGGGAGAAAUCCUUACGGGGAACUUAAAAAAUGCUCGACCUCGGACACCACAAUAUGGUGUGGUGUCCUCACAAAGAUCUUCCUCACAGUCGCCUGUAAAGGAUGGUUCCUCCCUCGGUUGUGGUAAAGUGUGUGGAGGAGAUAGCGAGAAAGUCGCGGUGUCUUCCUCGCCACCCAACCAGCCAAUUGUUGCAUCACUGGCAGCAGUCACGGAACUUGGGAUAAAGAAAACUGAUGUUGGCAAAACAAGAGAUAAUGUGAUGGAGACAGAUGAGGCGCGAGGGAAUAAGUUUGUACAGUCCAGUGACAGUUUAAAGUCUUCAGCGUCAUCUGGCGGUUCUGAAGUAGCCACUCAUGUUGUGUUCCGGAUUCCACUUCGUCGUUGCUCUCUAACCAAUGGUGAAGAGACGGAGAAAAGAGUCUCCGUUGAAAUUCUUAAAGAAGAGGAAGGGAAGAGGAGCCGUAAAGAAAAGGUACACUACAAGGAGAGACCGAGGUCAGUAUCAACUUCCAGAGAGCUCAGGAGAGAGAAGUCCUCUGAACUGCUUACUAGAAGGCGAUUAGCAUCCGAAGGUCCUGAGGGUAAGAGUGAAAACAGCGAAACAAAAGAUGGAGUGCGGGAAAGAGUUCGUCGUCGGUCAUCGUCAUCCAUACGACGACACCGAAGUCGUGGAGAAGAGACGCACUGUGAAGAGGCGGCCAAGGCUUCCAAAACAAACAGCGAUGAUAAAAAAGAGGAAGAUCUUGCGCCGUGGCGUAGGAGCAGCACUCGUAGUAGAUCACGAGUAUCGAAAUCUUCAGCUGGCAAACAAGGCGCCACAAAUGUCGACGAGACCAGUGACCAGAGUUCUACCGGCUAUGACGCGGACCAUGUCACAGACUCGUCAGACCACCACAUGACGAGGUCAGUGAGCAAAGGAAGUAGAACGCGUGGAAUUCAGGAAAAAUCGAGCCCAGACAUUGCUGGAAAUGACGAGGAGAACCACUUACCUGCUACCUCAGCACUGUCCAAAGUAACCGCUCCGCCUCGCCAAAGAUCCAAGUCACGAGGAGCUGAGCGGAGGAUGACAAGAUCAGCGACAAUAAGUGAGAUCAGGCGAGCCAGGGACAUCGACACCAAACCAGUGUCUGCAGAGAGGGACUCAGAACCUAGACGACGAGCCCAGUCAUCAUCCAGAGUUCCUGACACCUCACGACACACGCGAGACGCAGACACAUGUGGGACACCGCGCAGACCUGUGGAAGAUGAUGCUGCUGGUGUUCACAGACCUCCUAGGAGGAGAUCCUUGUCCACCAAGAGGAGGAGCUCGGGCAGCCUGCGGGCGGAGAGAGAAGAUAUUCUCAGGCCGGAUGUUACGAGGUCAAGGCCAAGUGAGAGAGUAAUGGGUGUCAUUAAGUCAACGAGAAGUAGAAAGGAAGAAAAUGGGGACAACGUUAGGUCAAGUUCUCUUCAAUUGGAGGACAACAAUACUGCGAACAAGGAAAUAGAUAACAAGGAAACUAACAAGGAAAGCGAGACGAACACCAAGACUGAAAUGGAUGACUGUAAUACAAAAGACGUUGACAACACCAAAGAUAUAAUACACAUCAGUGGUAACUCAGCUGAAGCUCAGGUAACGAACGAUUGCUCAGUUAGGUUACGACAAAACAACCCCCACGACGAGAACACAGCAGGAAGCGAGGAGACUGCCAAGAGAAAUCCUCCAGAAAACACUGAGAAAGACAGCACCAACCUGACCAGCAAGAACGUAAGGAGAAGAUCGGUUCAGUUACAGACGCAAGCGAUUCGUUCCGUCUCGCAGCAGUGCCAGACAGACCUACAGGACGAAGAAACACGACUCCAGCAGGAAGAACUCGACCGCAUCAGAAAGGAGUUGGCGGCGCAGGAGGAGAGAUACCAGAAACAAGUGGACCAGUUAACGAUCUCUCUGGCGGAGAAACAACAGGAAGUGGCCAACCUGACGCAGACCAUCGAGACACUCAAGGGCGCGAAGGAGACACUCGAGGAACUCCAAGAGAAACUGUCACUCCUGCAGCAAGAUGUGAGGGAUCGGUCUGCUCAGAUGGACUGUCUGCGAGUGGAGCUGCAGUACUCCAAGAACGAGGUGGAGCUGACCAAAUCCAAGCUUAAGAAACUGGAGGAGGACUUGGAUACUGCCCGCCAAAAGAACCUCGCCCUCCAGAACCAGAUCACCGCCACCGCCAACUGCGACAAAACUGAGGAACUGGAGACGAAGAUCAAGAGCCUGGAGGAGACGCUGAAGGCCACUCAGGAGGAGAGAGACAAACUCACCAAGACCAUAGAAGAGAUAGAGACAGAGAGAGAUGAAGAGAUUAAGAUUAUCCAAGAUGCCCUGGACGAGGCGGCACAGGAGAGGGAGGAGCUGAUCGCCACCUUCGAGAAAGAGUUCCAGAACAUGAACACGAUGAACAGCACCCGCGAGCAGCAGCUGAUGGAGGACUUCGAGUGGAAGCUGAGGGAGAUGGAGAAGGACCACAAGAAGAAAGUAGAGGAGAGAGAGAGGAAAGCUGAGGAGAGGAUUAAUGCGAUGAGGAACUUAGUGGAGUCUGAGCUGGCCGACUCCCUCAUUAAGGUGGCAGAGGACCGACGCAUAGCCGACGAGCAGCUGGCUGAGGUGGGUCAUCUGAAGAGCUACGAGGCGGAGGCCAUCCAGCUACGCGGGGUGACCCACGAGCUGCAGAAGGCGCUGCGGGCGUCAGGAGAGAUGGAACACUUAAAAAUGCGGGAGAAAAUCUUAGAGGAGGAGAUACGUGGCCUGAAGAAGGCGCCGCCGAACCGUCAGGGUAGGACAGGUAGGGAGUUUGUUGUGGUUGUUGUCUCACUCAGACGGCCUCACCUGGUCUGCUCUCUCCAGCCUGCAGUCACCAGGUAAGUGAACCAAUGGGCUGAUAUAAACACCUUCAUUGUGACUGAUCAGUAUGAAAAGUCUAUUAGCAAUUGAUAAUAAAUGUACUUAAUAUAUUACAGGCACUUAUUACACCUGUCCUGUUUGGUGAUUAAUGUCCGUAUACCUGACCAUAUAGGUGUUAAUAUAUCAUCACUGAUUUAAGAUCACUUUAUAAAUAGA